AUGUCUAGCGAUUUCGCUAUCUAUAUUCGAGACAAGCUUUUCGACAGCAAAACAUCUGUCGACCAUAAAAUCUUACAUAGUGUAAACAAGAAAGGGGAAUUUGUUCUAAAGUUCUGUUUCUGGGAAUAUGACAAGAACCAUAAAACAUUAAGCAGAGAAGUCUUAAAAUUUGUCAAUGACAGACUUGUUGACAGAGAUGACGCCUCUUGGAGAGAUGAAGUCCAACAAAACUUCUUAGAAUGCAAAGAAGACACAUGCGCUGUUCUUGA